UCUGAUUUCUAAAAAAAAAUAAAACAAACAAAGAAAUAAAUAAAUCCAUCUGUUUAAAAGAAGAAACUGUAUCCCAGUAACCACCGAAGAAACUGUAUUCCAGUAACUAGCUACCAAAAUGUUGUUGAUGUCAUGCUAGGCGUAUACUUAGCCACCAUGACAUAUUUUAGCUAAAUUGUAUGAGGGAUCAUGUGUAGGCUACUUCAGGCCAUUUAUUAUGAUUUCUCAGUUGCUACAUGCUAUCACGUAGCACGUGUGGCAAGGUUUGGUUGUUCCCUGGUGUUCCUGCCAGCCUUACACCCUCAAGUCUGGAAAAGUCAUUGCCACCUCUCAUAAGUGGCUAAGGUCUCUGCGGUGGUGUGGUGAGCGUUCUGGUGCAAAAUGGAUACUUUGUAUUACCCAGGAGUGAUGAGCCGCAGCAUCGUACGUCAGAGUAAGUUCAGACAUGUCUUUGGCCAGGCGGCCAAGUCGGAGCAGUGCUAUGACGACAUCCGCGUCUCCAAGGUGACGUGGGACAGCUCUUUCUGCGCCGUCAACCCCAAGUUCUUGGCCGUGAUCGUGGAGUCCAGCGGCGGGGGGGCCUUCCUCGUCUUGCCACUCUCAAAGGCAGGUCGCGUGGACAAGAACUACCCCCUGGUGGUGGGACACACGGGCCCCGUGCUGGACAUUGACUGGUGUCCCCACAAUGACAACAUCCUGGCCAGCGCCUCCGAGGACUGCACCGCCAUGGUCUGGCAGAUCCCUGACCACACCCCCACACGGGCGCUGUCAGAGGCAAUCGUGACCCUGGAAGGGCACUCCAAACGUGUGGGAAUCGUCAGCUGGCACCCCACUGCCCGCAAUGUUCUCCUUACUGCAGGCAGUGAUAAUUUGAUCAUCAUCUGGAACGUGGGCACGGGGGAGCCCCUGAUCUCCAUGGACGACCACCCCGACCUCAUCUACAACGUCAGCUGGAACCACAACGGCAGCCUCUUCUGCACCACCAGCAAGGACCGCAGGCUGCGCGUCUGUGACCCCCGCAAGAGGGAAGUGGUGGCGGAGAGGCUGGCUCCUCACGAGGGCAUCAGGCCAAUGCGCGCCAUCUUCACCAGAGAGGGGAACAUCUUCAGCACAGGAUUCACCCGCAUGAGCCAGAGAGAGCUGGGGCUUUGGGACCCGCUCUCUUUCCUCUUCAUACUUUUCUUUGCUCUUUCCUCCUACCUCCCACCUCCACAGACAAAUUUUGAGGAGCCUAUUGCCCUGCUGGAAAUGGAUACAAGCAAUGGAGUCCUGUUGCCAUUUUACGAUCCUGACACCAACAUAGUUUACCUGUGUGGAAAGGGUGACAGCAGUAUCCGGUAUUUCGAGAUCACAGAAGAGCCCCCUUACGUGCACUACCUCAGCACCUUCAGCAGCAAGGAGCCCCAGAGGGGCAUGGGCUUCAUGCCCAAGAGAGGGGUGGAUGUCAGCAAGUGUGAGAUCGCCAGGUUAUACAAACUCCAUGAGAGGAAGUGUGAGCCAAUCAUGAUGACAGUUCCUAGAAAGUCGGACCUGUUUCAGGACGAUCUGUACCCCGACACCGCGGGCCCAGAACCAGCCAUGGAGGCCGAGGAGUGGCUGGAGGGGCGGGACGAGGACCCCAUUCUCGUGUCCCUGCGGGGCGGCUACAUCCCCCCCAAGAGCAGGGAGCUCAAGGUGGCCAAGAAGAACGUUCUGGACUCCCGGCCUGCUGCAAAACGGAGCAUGUCAGCCUGCGACGGCAGCAACCUGCCGUCUACUCUUAACAUCUUUCUUUCCUCUGUCUCUUUUUUUGCCUUCUUUCUCCCCCUUUCCUUCUUCUUUCCUCUGUUCUUCUUUCCGCUAUUAGCCUCAAUUACUAGAGAAGCUCCUGGAGGAGGUUCAGAUGCUGAAGGCCACAAUCCUGUCUCAGGAAAAACGAAUCUGUGACCUGGAGAACAAGCUCUCCAAAUACACCAAUGGCACCGCAUAACUCCAUUCAAGCUCCACCCCCUCCCCUGCUUCCUCAUCUCAUGACCCCCCCCACCCCCAGCCUUUAGGAUUGCACUGCCUGACCUGACCCCAUCCACCACCCAUAUUAUACCCUCCCUAAAUUACACCCCUGCCCCCCCCACCUCCCUUCCCCCUGCCCGACGGCACUGCUGAAUAGUUUUUUAUUGUGGUGAAAUAUAAGCAUGUAACUGAAGGAUACCAUGGCAGUGGUGUGUACAUACACUUGCUACUCUUUAUAACUCCGUCAUCACUAGUCUAGAGCCCUGACGCUACACACUGCAGCCCAGACUCAUACCUCAACCUCAGGGAUAAUUCAACAGGAAUAGGACGUUGCUGACAUCACAUAGAAACAAGAGAGGAGCUUUGCUAAUCAUGGAGUACAUUGCUAAUAAGAAACAGGACAGUGCCAGUGGUGAUUGCUGGAUACUUUCUAACUAUACUUCAGGGGCUCCUUAACAGUAUCUAGGCAGUAUAUCCAAAGAUAUCCACCAAUUAUCACUGCCAAUGUUUUAUUUGUUGUUACAAACAUACCUUGUGAUUGGUGGAGCUCAUUUCUGGCUUCUGUGGAAAAGCUGAUGGCACCAAUAUCCUAUUCCUUUUUUAUCAUCUCUGCUUAAAAUAUAGCCUCCCAAGCCUUCAUCCUACUGCCCUAAGAACAAGACAAAGACUGGACCUUUUGCAAAUGAUGAACAGAAUAUUGUAAAUAUUAAUGGAAAUGACAAGAAAAAUUUGAAAAACUAAAGUUACUUUGAAAAACAAACAAAACCAUAAAAUGACUAAAAAGAAGUUAGUUCUGUGUGUGUUCUGUAAAGGAUUGUCUGAGAGACACGAUAACAUCAAUAAAGAGCAAAGUUUUUUAAAAGAUUACAUUUCUAUUUUCUUGGCAGACCCUUUCUAUGCAAGUCAUAAUGAUAGGCAUAGUUGCCUAGUAGCCAUCUACACAAGCACAAUACAGCCAAAGACGGAUUUUAGUACAAAGCAAUAUAGUGGAAAGUUUUAAAAUAGCAGUUAGGUUCCUUUAUUUAUGUGAGCGAAAAUCAGUGUUAUUCUCAAUUCUUGGGGCCAAACUAUGGAAUCAGACAGUGAAACUUGUAUAGUAUGCUGUACGUGUACAUUUGAUGUAGGCCAGUUAGACAGGAGAUGAAUAGUCCUGGUCUGGCCUGUCUUUGAAUGAGAAGUGAAUCCUACAAUAAAGCCACGUUUUUGGAAAUUUGCAUUUUUGUUCACAAUACACUAAUAAAAGCAUAAGAAUGUG